AUAGGAAGCGUUUGGUUCCCACUGGAUUGAAUCCAAAAGAGUGGCUGCAAGUGAUGAAGAGGCAUCUAAAGCUAUGGGUGUUAUGCCUUGUUGGAAUUGCUGUUUCUGCUCAAAACGCUUCAGUAUCUGUGUCAUGUGGCACCUCGCACCUAGCAAUCACCGUGCCAGUGGAUCUCUUUGGGCCUGGUGUGGUGGUUGGUGCUGAGGAACUGAUCCUGGGAUCUGGCUGCGGUGUGACGGCUGUGCAAGGAAAUCUGCUGCUGCUGGAAUACCCCCUGUUUGCAUGCGGGGCUACCAGAAAAAUUCUUCCUGGUAGCAUCCAUUACAGAAACAUUCUCCACUACACACCUUCAGGGGCAAAUGGGGUGAUCCGAGCCAGUCACUUCUCUCAUCCCAUAGACUGCUUCUACCCUAGGUCCUGGAAUGUCUCCUCACUUGGACUUCAGCCCACCUGGAUCCCUUUCACUUCCACUGUGAUGAGCAGACAGCGCUUAGACUUUGCUCUUGAAGUCUAUGACAGUUCCUGGUCACAACCUGUGUCUGAUCCUACUUAUUAUCUUGGAGACCUAGUCAAUGUCCAAGCCUCAGUAAGAAAAGGUAACCAUGUACCUCUGAAGAUCUAUGUGGAUGAAUGCGUGGCCCGCCCAAGCGCUGAGUCAUCUGUGAAGUAUGAGGUCAUCACAAACCAUGGAUGUCUUGUGGAUGGGCAGCAGAGUGGCUCCCAUUUCCUUGCUACACAAGAAGAUGGAGUCCUCCGCUUCCAGCUGGACACCUUCACCUUCAUUGGGGCUUCCAACAACCAGAUCUACCUCAUAUGCCACUUGAAAGCUGUCGCUGUUGGCUCUGCAGACCGUCGCAACAAAGCAUGCUCUUACAGCCGUGCAGCUGCAACCUGGAGUUCCCAUGAAGCAGCCGAUUGCUCCUGCUGUGCUUCUCUUAGUGGCUGUGGCAGCAGGAGGAGAAAGAGAGGGCAGCAGCAGCAGCAGCAGAAAGGGCUGUUUGGAGAAAGAGACGUCAAGCUUGGUCCCAUUGAGCUGAAAGAGAAGCGGGCGAAUGCUCCCAUGGUGAAUGCAUCCGGCGCCUCUCAGCUCACGCCUGUUGUGACCAGUACCGCCACAGCUAAGACACUGCAGGCUGCUGGGAUGCACCCUAACCAGGUGGUGAAUAUUAUCAUGAGGGGAGGACUGCAGGAAGACCCAUCUGGGCUUCGUUUCCCCUUCUCCACUGCUACCCUGGUCAUCAUAGUUGCCUGUUCUGCCAUUGCACUGGUGUCGAUCCUGGGCUGUUACUGUUCCACCAAACGCUCCCACGGAGGAUACCACAUGGAACAGCCACUCCGCCCAGCUCUCGGGGAGCUGAGUGCUGUCGCGAUGGCACCUGCUGCUAUUGGAACAUCUGGGGCUGGUGCCUCUGGGGAAUGCAGUGCUGCCUCCAAGAAAUCGGAUGGAUUGGUCAUUGCAGCAAGUGGGCAACCUACGUCUGUCUAAAUUGCAAUAGGUGAACAAAUAAAGAUUGGCACUGCAUGUUG